CCGGCCGCCCCCGCCGGGCCCGGCUCCGACACCUACAGGGGCUGGCUCUUCAAAUGGACCAACUACCUGAAGGGCUACCAGCGCCGCUGGUUCGUGCUCAGCAACGGGCUGCUCAGCUACUACAGUGCACUGUCUUCUGUACACACCCGCAAAGGAAACAAUGGCAGCUGAAACCAGUGACCAAGUGAUCUGUCAAAUGAAAGAUUACUAAAGUGCAGACUGAACUGCUUUGGCCAUCAGUUGGGAACUUUUGAUUACCACCCUCUGCAAUGAUGUCGUUCGACAACUUAGCGAGUCUACGCUGGAACGCUGUGCACUGCUGCGCACCUGUCCUGCCUCCACCGCUUGCCAAGAGAAGAAACUGGGGAGGUCUAUUGUGUUGCUUUCUAAAGAGCCAUUUGGACAGAUGGAGCCUAAUGCAGGAGAUCUCUUUACUUUGCCAAACCUUAACUGCUAGGAAUGCCUGUUCCUUUCCUAGAAAUUGCUGCCUACCUGAGGAGAGAGAAUGGGGAGGUAGAUAACACAAUGCACUUCGAGAACUCUAAAUGCUUCCCAUUCUUACAUGUUUGUAUCAAGAGAAGGCUGAGCUUGCCUAAGCAACAAGUGGAAGAUGUAACUGAAACCCUAGCCUGUCCUCUUGGCUGCUACGUUUUGCAUACUCUCUUGCUAGACACAGGCCGAAAUGGCUCACACCUGUCGCGGAACCAUCAACCUGUCAACAGUGCACAUUGAUACGGAGGACUCCUGUAACAUCGUACUCUCCAGUGGGGGAAGGACAUACCAUCUAAAGGCAAGCUCCGAAGUGGAGAGGCAGCGAUGGGUCACUGCUUUGGAGCUGGCCAAAGCAAAAGCUAUCCGUAUGAGGAACAACCAGUCAGAUGACUCGGGUGAUGAGGAGCCAGCCUCGCAGUCUGACAAGAGUGAGCUGCACAGCACUCUGAAAAGCCUCGCCAGUAAGCUGGAGGAUCUAAGCACGUGCAAUGACCUUAUUGCCAAGCACGGGGCAGCUCUCCAGAGGUCCCUGAGUGAGCUGGAGAACCUGAAGCUGCCUGCCGAGAGCGGGGAGAAGAUCAAAGCCGUCAAUGAGCGAGCCACCCUCUUCCGGAUCACCUCCAAUGCGAUGAUCAAUGCUUGCCGCGACUUCCUGGAGUUAGCCGAGAGCCACAGUCGGAAAUGGCAGCGGGCACUACAGUAUGAGCGGGAGCAGAGGAUCCGCCUGGAGGAGACCAUUGAGCAGUUAGCCAAACAGCACAACAGCUUGGAACGGGCCUGCCGGGGAGCUCCCGGCCUGUCCUCGAGCGCCACAGCAGUCAGCAGCACUUCCAAGGGGAGUGUGCAGCCUGCCAAAGGGGAAGCCAGUGAUGAAGAUGAGGAGACAGAGUAUUUUGAUGCCAUGGAGGAUGCACCAGCUUUUAUCACAGUAACCGCAGACCCCAAACAUCACAGGCGUUCUGGCAGUAACCUGAGCGGGGCCAGCGAGGGGCACCCUGAGGACUGGAACCUGGAGGACAAUGUCUUUGAGAGCGCAAAUCAAACUGGCGACAAGGAAUCAAUGUGCAAAGACGUCCUGCCGAAGAAGAGGAGACGAACGCGCAUUCCAGACAAACCCAACUACAGCCUUAACCUCUGGAGCAUAAUGAAAAACUGCAUUGGCAAAGAACUGUCCAAGAUCCCUAUGCCUGUAAACUUCAAUGAGCCGCUUUCCAUGCUGCAGCGGCUGACCGAGGACCUGGAAUACCACGAGCUGCUGGACAAAGCCGUGAAGUGCGAGAGCUCCACCGAGCAGAUGUGUUUCGUUGCUGCAUUUUCAGUGUCUUCCUACUCGACGACUGUGCACCGCACUGCGAAGCCGUUCAACCCCCUGCUGGGGGAAACCUACGAACUCGACCGGCUAGAUGAGCUCGGCUUCCGAUCGCUCUGCGAGCAGGUGAGCCAUCACCCACCAGCUGCGGCCCAUCAUGUGUAUUCCAAGCAAGGCUGGACGCUGUGGCAGGAAAUCACAAUUGCCAGCAAGUUCAGGGGCAAAUACCUCUCUAUCAUGCCACUGGGUGCCAUCCAUCUAGAAUUUCACUCCAGCGGGAACCACUACGUCUGGAGGAAGGUCACCUCCACUGUUCACAACAUCAUUGUGGGCAAGCUCUGGAUCGACCAGUCGGGUGACAUAGAGAUUGUGAACCACAAGUCAAAAGAUAAAUGCCAGCUGAAAUUUACACCCUACAGCUAUUUCUCCAGAGACGUCCCCCGAAAGGUGACGGGCGUGGUAACGGAUGCUGAUGGGAAGGCGCAUUACGUCAUGUCUGGCACGUGGGAUGAAAAUAUGGAGUGCUCCAAGAUAGUGCAAAGCAGCCAUGGCAGCACCAGCUCGGAGGGAAAGCAAAAAACCGUCUACCAGACGCUGGCCCCAAAGGUCCUGUGGAAGAAAUAUCCUCUCCCGGAGAAUGCCGAGAACAUGUAUUUCUUCUCUGACCUGGCCCUGACCCUGAAUGAGCCUGAGGAACGAGUGGCACCCACAGACAGCAGGCUGAGGCCCGACCAGCGGCUCAUGGAGAAUGGCAAGUGGGAUGAGGCCAACGUGGAGAAGCAGAGGCUGGAGGAGAAGCAAAGGGCCGUACGUCGCAGGCGGGAGGCGGAAGCCGUGGAGGCCUUGGAGGAAGGCAAAGACUACGAAGGCUACAUCCCACUGUGGUUUGAGAGGAAGGUGGAUCCCCUGACAGGGGAGCUGAUCUGUGUUUACAAGGGUGGAUACUGGGAAGCCAAGGAGAAACAGGACUGGGAUCUGUGCCCUGAUAUCUUCUGAGCUGCUCCUCCCAUGCCAGGCUGGCAGGCCACAGGAGAGGAGGAGGAGGAGCACCCGGGACGCAUCGGGCAGCAUCCUGCUGUUUAUGUCACAGUGCACAGAAACACACACAGAGUAAAUAAAUACAGAAAUUUAAAAGAAAAUAAAUCAAAA